CCAUCAUCCAUGGAGUGCAGAGGACAUCAGAGCGAGAGAGAGAAGAAAAUUUGUCGCUGCGGGGUGGGAGCUGUGAAGGACCGCCGCGCACGCUGGCCAUCUGCGACCUCACUGCGGCUGUAUUGGCUUGCCGGUGAAUCACCAAAGCUCGUGUACCUGGGCUCUGCGUGGGUGGUCACGAUUGGGUAUCCAGGCAGGGUGGCUACCUUGUCAGACUCCAUCUUUGCCGACGUGGUUCGACCUCCACCGCGAUUAGGGCAUAGCGCCACCGGAUUCACGCGCGAGGUUUCGAGGAUCUGAAGAAUCAUCCUGGUAACUCGAAUCUCAAGUGCCAGGAGAAGUACAGGUGGUUCAAGAGGAGCCACACAUCGAGGAGUUCGAUUCGAUCUAGGUGGCGUCUCCCAGUUGACUUUCUGGCGCCAAGGAUGGAUUUUAAAUCCUGUUAUAUUUAUCUUUUAUUUUUUUUGUAAGUCUUCCGCUAUGUAAUAAGUACUCUGAUUAUUGUGACAUUUAUCUUUAUACACUCUGUUAUUA